AUCAUGUAUUUGAGAAAGUCUAACUAUAUUUUCCAACACAAUAUUAAUGUAGCAAUGGGAGAGGUAGAAUUGCAAUAAAUGAAACCUCCAUUAAUACACAAGUUCCCCAUUUUAACACUUCUCAUGUAAAGUGAGAAGCUUUUUGAGAUCACUUUAAAAGUUUAUAAAUUUUUCAACAAAAUCAAAGAAAGAUUGAAUCUUUAACAAAGAGAAAUGGUGGGACCAAUUAGGCCACAGUUUGUGCUGUUUGGAUCUUCCAUUGUCCAGCUCAGCUUUAGCCAUGGAGGUUGGGGCUCUCAUCUCUCUGAUAUCUAUGCUCGUAAAGCAGACAUAGUGCUGAGAGGAUACUAUGGGUGGAAUUCAAGGCGUGCGGUUGAGGUCCUUGAUCAAAUUUUUCCUAAGGAUGCUACUGUACAGCCAGCUUUGGUGAUAGUUUAUUUUGGUGGCAAUGAUUCAAUGGGGCCUCACUCAUCUGGAUUAGGCCCUCAUGUGCCACUUGCUGAGUACAUCGAGAACAUGACGAAGAUCGCUCUUCAUCUCAAGAGCCUUUCAGAGAACACACGCGUUAUUUUCUUGACCACUCCUCCAGUUGAUGAGGAGAGGGUUCGUUCAAGCACAAGUGCAAUUUUUAGCGAGCUAGUACGGACGAAUGAGUUGUGCCAAAAGUAUUCAGAAGCUUGUCUAAAAUUGUCCCAGGAGUUGGGUGUCAAGGCCGUCGAUCUUUUCUCGGGAUUCCAAAAAAGAAGUGACUGGGAAACUGUCUGCUUUACGGAUGGAAUUCAUCUAUCUGCUGAAGGGAGCAAAAUAGUUGUGGAGGAGAUACUGAAAGUGCUGAAAGAAGCUGAAUGGAGUCCAUCUCUAUACUGGAAAUCCAUGCCCUCGGAAUUUCCGGAAGAUUCUUCAUAUUAUCUCGUAGCUGCUGACGGGAACAGAACACUAAAUCCUUCCGAGUGGACAUUUCACCGGGAAAUUCACUGGGAAUAGGCUGUGAUACCAUCUUUAUGCCUAUGUUUUUCCAGUUUCCAGAUCAUAGUAUAUCCGAAAUACGGAAAUGAGGGUAGGGCGUUUGAGGUAGCUAUAGAAUUAGUAGAACUUCGAUGAUAUAUUUAGUUCGAUUCAAUCUUGUAGUGCACUCAUGAAUUUAAACACGCACGCGUUGAAUGCAGUUCUGUUAAUAGAAAUUAUUUCGACUUGAUUA